GAAUCCACCCCUGCUCCGUUUGGCUCCAUCGACACACAGGCUCUCCAUCUUCUAUUUGCACGUACACAACAGGUUUUUUUUCCGCACACACACACACACACACACACGCACAUACCCACACAGACCCCAGCGCGAACAAUGGAUUCUCCGCACGCUGAUAUUGGUGAGAAGCAUGUGGAGUGUGUCCUCUCGCUCGUGGGGGAGAAGCGCAGCCGUGCGGUGUCCGAGACAAGCGGGGAGUACAAGGACGGCGUUGGCGAGGCGUUCCCCGGUGCGCCGAACACCACACUGAAAAGCAGGACGGAGAGUUGUGCCGUUGAAGUCGCGGAGGUCGGAGCCGAAGAAACCGCCGUUGUCGUCGUGCCCGGCGCAGAGGCCCCCAUGCAGCUAUCGCCAGAGUCAGACAAGGACGCCGUGGAGGUGGUGGAAGUCAGUGACUUAACGUCGCCGGAGGUCAGCUGCAACGAAGUCCACGCAGAGACAGAGACAGAAAUGAUGCUGCCUCAUGAAGAGGGUAUCUUGAAGGGGGAGCUGUCCUGUGCGACGGAAGCGCAGACGAUGACUGGUCAUUUGACAGCGGCAGCAGCAGCCACCGCUCCAGAGCACGAGGAAGGAGAAGAGUCAAAGGGGAAACAGGGCAGCGUGGAUGCGCAGUGGCGCGACCACAAGACAGAAAAGGGGGGAGACGAUGAUGGAGAGCACGAGUGGGGCGCGACGCGCACCGCGUCGAUCAACGAGAACGGCGGUGAAGCUCCCCAAAUCGCCACAGCACCCCUCGCAGCAUUCGAUCACGCGAAGAUGCCGGCAGAUGACGCCACCAUCACCCCUUUGACAGAGGCAAAAGCGCCGCUUUCACCCCUUGCGAAUUCAUGCGGCAACAGUGGCGCGUCGCAGACGGCGUCGCGGACGGCGUCGCAGACAGCAGAAUUUGAUAAAAACGACGAGAGAGACGACGACAACGACGACGAAGGCGCAACUGCCGCCGCCACCGCGGCUCCAACAUUUGGCGCUUUCGAGUUUAUCCGUCGUGCCUCCACCACCACCCGUGAAGCAGAAACGAACGUCUCCGGCGCGUCUGAAGCGGGCACGCCCUCCCCACCGCCGCCGCUGACAGCCGACACCGAGGACGAGAUGGCCGCCUUGUCAACGACGCACCCACGUUUUACUUCCGCCUACAAAGAUGACUGCGUCGUCCGCGGCGCGGAAGAGCAUAUGCUCGUCUAA